AGGUCACACAGAGACCGAUCCUCUUGGAAGCCUGCGCCCUGGCCCACCAUGGAGGACCCACAGGAGCCUCUGGCCAUGACGGUCCACCUCCUCGCGGACUCCGGGCAGGGCUCGCUUCUCCAGCAGGCUCUGGAUCAGCUCCUGGAUCCCAUCUGCCCCGAGGUGCGGCUCUUCCAGGUGUCCGAGCGGAUCGGAUCGGGGAGGGACAACAACGGCGGCAAGAAGCACGCCCGGCGGUCUGAGCUCCCGGGCAAGUCGGUGAUGCUCUUGCUGAAUGCAAGCCUGGGCCAGGCGCGGCUGUUCCGGAUAGUGGAGUCUCUCCGGCGCCCCCCCUGGCAGUGGGUCCCCGCCCAGGCGGCCCCGGGGAGGCCCUGCCCACACCUCCUCGCCGCCAGGCAGGAGGUCUACAGCCUGGGCCACCAGCUGCCCACGUGGAGCGUGCGGCAGGGCCGCGGAGGGCCCGACAUCCUCAGGGUAACGCUGCGCUGCCGGUUCGAGAACUACGAGGACGCCAUCCGGCUGUACGGCCUGAUCCUGCAGCGAGAGGCGGCCGUGCACAAGAGCACCUUCUGCGUCUUCGUGCUCUAUGGCACCCCCCGCUUCGCCCUGCAGCUCUCCCUGAAGCAACUGCCCCCCGGGAGGUCGGUGGACCCCAAAGAGUCUUCGGUGCUGCAGUUCCAGGUGCAAGAGCUCGGCCAGCUGGUGCCUCUGCUGCCCAACCCCUGUGCGCCCAUCAGCCGCACCCGCUGGCGUACCCAGGACUACGAUGGCCACACGAUUCUGCUGCAGGUGCAGCUGGGGCCAGGCCUGGGUGUGCAGAACGGGGAACUUUCCUCUCGGGCCGCUCUGGAGUCCAGGCUGGCUGCCGGGUGUGCGCACCGAACCCUAGGACCGAGGCCCCCCAGGAGCCGGAGCAGGAGAUUCCGGGCGCGCUCCCUGCAGUUUCCAGAGCCCUGCGGCAGGAGCUGGGACUGGGCUCAGCCCGGCCAGCCCGGAUCUAGAGCGCAGGCCCCCGGGGAGGCCUGCUUCCAGCGGCUUGAAGCUGAGACGGACGUGGACACGGGAUUCACCAUCAUGAAUUCCCAGCCCUUUUGGAGCCCAUUUCCAAGGGACUUGCAGGCCAGCCAGCCGCAGGUCACCUCCCCAGGUAAAGACGGUCCUGAAGCCACAGGAACCUCCCCGUGCCCCCAUCGCCUGCCAAUCCAGGGUGCAGAAAAGGAAGAGGAGGAGUUCUUUAUAUAGCCUGAACCGGAGGGCGUGGCUCCAGUGGAUCGGAUGGGACGCAACGAUGGGGCCUAGGCCCCGGCUCUUGGGUCCAUGAAAAGGGCCGAGCCACGUGCAAGUCCAUUCUGCUUUCCCUUCCAACGUUCCAGGCCCCCCCAUGCGGAGGAGCCUGCGGGGGUCCCGCCGGAGAGGAAGGCAGCCGGGGCCAGGCGUGCAUUUCCCGGGGCGCAGAGAGGGACGCACCGGCCUGGGCUGCAGCCCCGUGCGCUGCGUGCACGGUCAUUAGCAUGUGUCAUUCGCUCUUCCGUUUUCCUUGGGUUUGCAGAGUGUAUCCCCGUGGACAGCACGGGACUGCUUAGGCGUUCGUGCUUUUUAAUUUU